CCACCUGGCGAGGAGGGUCAGGCCGUCCGGUGUACACCUGUGGCUAAAUAAGAGCAGUCUUGGCCACAUGGGCAGCUGAGGUCAGCCUAAGCCCCGUGGAACCGUCUCAGGAGGCCGGAGGGAUGGCUCAGCCUGCUCCCGUCCCUGCCAACCUGAGCUCAGUGCCCGGGAGCCAGGGGCGGAAGGAGAGCACAGACUCCACGGACAUGCAGGCAGUGGCGCUCGAGUGCCCAGCACGCCCCCGAAAUUGUGUAAAAUGACCGCCCUACAGGACCGGAAAGACCACCCGUGUGGACGGAUGGCGGGGAAAUGGAGGGCAAGGUUAACCGCGGCUGUGUAGCCGGUGCUCAGGGAAGGCUGGCAGCGGCCUGGGGCUGGCCGCGGGAGGCCACGUCCAGUCGGGCAGCAUGGGGUAGGACGUCUGUGGGACGUGGGGCCUGUCUUCAGCUUACCCUGAGGCCGGACAUUUGUUAGGAAGCAGGAGGUCGGGGGACGCAGCAGCGCCCGGCAGGCUGCCCGGUCCACUGUGUGCCACGACCUGCUCCUGUAAGAGGCCCCUACGGGAAGAGGGGCGCCUGCUGCUCGGCCAGAGGCCCGGGCUCGGCUCCCAGCCUGAGUGAGCCGCUCACGGCUUUCUGUAACCCGGGUGCAGCCGCUCCAAAGCCCCUGGCUCCGUGGACACCUCCGUGGACAUGCGCGCGCGCGCGCACACACACACACACUUAAGAAUCAACCCCGAGGCGGGAGAGCUGGCUCGGUGGUCAGGAGCGGGUCUCUUGCAGAGGGCCUGGGUUGGUUCCCAGCACCCUCGCGGCGCUCACAGCCGCCUGCAACUCGCUCUGGGAGGUCAGUAGGCGUGCGCGUGCGUGUGUUCGUGCGCGCGUGCGUGUGAGCGUCACACAUGUAGCGUGAAGUAAAUCCUAGGUAAUAAAGCAAACGUUAGCGAAAAGGCGCCUGUAAGAAGUGCCAUUAUUUCUGUCUGUGGCUAAAGAAUCGGAGCUCCAGAGACGGCGCAGUAUUUCGCAGAGCCGGCGGGGCUCGGUGGCUGCUGCCGAGACGGGGCGUUUGGCUGUCAUCCCUGGAGCCCAGCUGUCCUCUGACCUAGACACACGCGCACACACACACACCCACACACACACGUAAGAAGUGUAAUAACACGCUUUGACAUUUGUUUCAGCCUGUGUGUGCGCGUGUGCAGGAGGCCGGCCCCAGGCCUGCCCGGCCCUCACCCGGCCCUGCCUGCCCGGCCCUCACCCAGCCCUGCUCGUGUGCAGGAGGCCGGCCCCAGGCCUGCUGGCCCUCACCCGGCCCGGCCCUCACCCCACCCUCCUCCCGCAGAUGCGCUUCAUGCUGCUGUUCAGCCGGCAGGGGAAGCUGCGGCUGCAGAAAUGGUACCUGGCCACCUCGGACAAGGAGAGGAAGAAGAUGGUCCGGGAGCUCAUGCAGGUCGUUCUGGCCCGGAAGCCCAAGAUGUGCAGCUUCCUGGAAUGGAGGGACCUGAAAGUCGUCUACAAGAGGUACGCCAGCCUGUACUUCUGCUGCGCCAUCGAGGGCCAGGACAACGAGCUGAUCACGCUGGAGCUCAUCCACCGCUACGUGGAGCUGCUGGACAAGUACUUCGGCAGCGUGUGCGAGCUGGACAUCAUCUUCAACUUUGAGAAAGCCUACUUCAUCCUGGAUGAGUUUCUGAUGGGCGGCGACGUCCAGGACACCUCCAAGAAGAGUGUGCUCAAGGCCAUCGAGCAGGCCGACCUGCUGCAGGAG